UUCAUUUUCGGGUGAACUGUCCCUUUAAGCUUGGGAAGUAGCUUUUAUAUACAUAGACAAAAUCUACAGUCUAAGAGAGAAACACUUCUGACAGGUCAAUUAAAGACUGAAGGACUAAAUCAAAUAAAAGAUCCUGCUGGAUUCCUGGAGUUUCCCCCGUCAGCCGAAGACACUCAAGGGCCGCGGAGACACAUUUCCAGUCAUUGACUCCUGAACACAGCUUCAGUGACGCUGUAAGUCUUGUGCAACAGAACAGAGAGAGACGAGGAGGAGUGGAAGAGGUCGUGAGAUUUAUGAGGCGUCUGCGAUAUCAAACUCCGCCGAACACCAGCGGCUCCCGAACGCUUAAGCAACGACUCGCAUUCAUCAUCUUUGUGCAAACAGUCCGAGUUUUUCCGAGCAGCUAGCGUAGAUUCCUAAUGUGGACGAGAUGGAAGAGUCAGGGUUCAGAAGGGAAAAACAAAAGCCCGUCAUUCCUGGAGAUUUCUAAUCAAGAGCAGGAAAAACUUGGAGGAAGGUUCAACCUUGACGCUCUCUGGAAGGAAACCAAGGAGCUUUGAUUCAUGAAAAAGAGCCGCUUUGUAAAUAUUUCGUUUAUGGGAAUGAUUCACUCACAUUUGUUUUUCCUUCCGGCGAUGCCACAUCUGUGCUAAAGAUGUCCGGCGUGAUUGACGGAUGGCUUUCUCUCGCGCCAGAGCCGUCGUAGCUCUCCUGACUGCGGGCGAAGUGACAAAUUAAAGUUAAUCUGUGACUUCCUGUCUUCACAGGAAACAGUCGGGGUGAAACUCUUCGACCCCAGAGAUCACUUUAGAGAUGCUGAAGAACAUGAGGAGGGAUUUGAUUAAACUGACCCAUCAUAAUUAGUCAUAUGGAGGAUAUUCACAAUAUAUGUGUGUGCUUUAUUUAUUACGGGUUCAAGCGUGUAGAUCUGAAACUCUGUUGUAAUUGUUCAAAUUUCCAAGGAUCAGCAUUCUCCACUAAAAGUGAUCAGACCAAACUGUAAGUCGUAGAGACUUGAAAAUUUGAGGGCUGGUAGUGCUCACACCAUCUACAGCGUCACCAAGGCUUGCCCAAAACUGUUGGAAAAAUCCUUUGCUUAAGAUGGACAAAAUGCCACGGAUUCGAUUGUCAUUCUGGCAAAAUGUUCAGGAUGAGCUGUAAGGUGGCGCUGUGGCUGCUGCUCGCCGGCACGCUGUGUGUUGUCUCCGCCGGCCGCAAGAUCCGGCCGCAAGGCUCCAUCCCGUCGCCCUACAAAACCAGCUCCAACACCUCGGACCGGCGUGCUCGCAAACAGGAAGUGCUGGCCUCCAGCCAGGAAGCGCUGGUGGUGACGGAGCGCAAGUACCUGAAGAGCGACUGGUGCAAGACGCAGCCGCUGCGGCAGACGGUCAGUCAGGAGGGCUGCAGGAGCCGGACGGUCAUCAAUCGCUUCUGCUACGGCCAGUGCAACUCCUUCUACAUCCCGCGACACGUCAAGAAGGAGCAGGAGUCGUUCCAGUCGUGCGCCUUCUGCCGGCCGCACCGCUUCACCAGCCUCACCGUGGAGCUCGACUGCCCCGACCUGCAGCCGCCCGUCCGCUACCGCAAGAUCCAGCGCGUCAAGCAGUGCCGCUGCAUGUCCGUCAGCGUGUCCGAGUCUGGGAAACAGUGAGAGGACGAUGCUUUACUGUAGACACCUGCUGCUAAUCUGAGCUGAAAGACUGCGAACCUUCAGCACAGCGUCUUCAGACGGAGAGAGGAAAACUGAUGGUGUUUGAGAGACUGUUCAAAGACAGACGAGAUCCAGGCGUGACCUUCAGUGCUGGUUAACAGAAAACAUGCAGAAAACACUCUUAGAAGAAAAGGUGCUGUAUAGAGCCUUAAAGGAUUCUGUCAGGCGAUUCAUAUAGAAACUCUUAAGAAUAAAGGUUCCAGAAGGGGGUUUCUAUGGAAGCUUGUAUAAAAUGUAAUUGCGACUUCUCACAAUUCUGACAUUUUUUUCUUAGAAACACGAGUUAUAAAGUCAGAAUUGCGUGAUAUAAACUCGCAAUUUCAAGAGAAAAA